ACAGACAAUGGCUGCUUUUACUGCUCUCCUUUGCUUCAUUCUCAUCCUCAACCAAAGCUCCUGUCUUGUCAAUGCCUCUGUCACAGAGACAUGCAAGAAAGCAGCAGCAAGCGGAGCUAAGUUCAUCUACGACUUUUGCGUUGCAACUCUCAGUGCCGCUCCUGGAAGCUCCACGGCUGACACCCAAGGACUGGCUAUCAUUGCCGCCAACUUGACCACGGCCAACGCCACGAGCACUGAGUUGACGAUCUCCAUUCUAUUGAAGAAAACAAAAGACAAUGCAACCCAACAAUGCCUGAGAACUUGUUCGACUAUAUAUUCUUUCAUGGUUGAUAGGUUGAAUUAUAUCAGUAGUGCCAUCACAUCCAAACACUACAGUGAUGCGAGGAUUUAUCUUAGUUCUGUCAUGGGUAUAGUUCGUGAAUGUGAGGCUCAAUUUGGAGACAUGCAUAUCAAGUCUCCAUUGACCAAAGAGAAUGAUGAUUCACUAAAGCUCUCCAUUCUGACCCUGGAUCUCGUCGAUCUUCUAAAAUGA